UACCAUCACCACCAUCAUCAUCAGUAAUAUAUUGAACAAGAAGCUUACAUUUGGAAAACAUCAACAAAGUAUCGUGACUCGGUGGAAUUGUCUGCCUGCUUCUUGAAAAGCAGAUUUGUUUGAUACUGCUACUGUUAUUAUCGUCGUUAUCUGUAAAUCAUUAAUAAUAUUAGCAACGUGAUUAUUAAUUGCAACACAAAGCCAAGUUGCUGGCUGACUUAAAGCAACGAGAUUAACAUAAAGACGUACACUGCUAGAUAGACAUCUGUUUCUAACAAUUUUCUAUUUAUUUUAUUAUUUCGCUGAUUUCUUUAAAGAAAAAAAAAGCUGAAGAAAAUUGAGGUAGAAAGUAUAAAAAGGAGCAAAAAAAAUAUUACGUAAUUAAAUUGAGAAGAGGUUUUAACCAACGAAAUUGAUUUUAAACUUGUAUUUGUCAACAAAAAGCGAAAAGCGAAAUAUCAACAAAGGUGAAAGAAGAACGAAGAAAUAAACAACUCCGAACUACACAAACAACAUCGACAGAAGCGAAGUGGAAAACAAUCGCCACGAUGGCAGAUAAUCAGUUUUCUGAAUUGGAUGACGAUCUAACCGGUUCUUGGGUAGAAUUAUGCCACCAGUCACUGCCAGCAGACACAGACACAUUUUCUGAAUCUAUUCAUAAUGGUAAUAUGGAGAAAUUGCUUAUGGAAGCCCAGCAGGAAUCAUGUUCUUCUUCACAAGCAAAUAGUGCAGUAUCAUCUAACAGAGGCAGUCCCAAGAUUUCAAACAGUCCUAAGGAAUGGGCAACCCAUGAGAUGAGUCAGGGAGAAUCUGUAGGGACAGAUUGGAUAUGGGAUUGGUCAAGUAGGCCAGAAAUUCAGCCUGUUGGAGAUUUAAGUGGAUAUUUCAAACACCCACGCCGCCAUAGACUGAGUGUGCGUAAUACCAAAGUUUUGCGUAAUGGUGUGUUCUGUAUGGAAAAUCUGCCAACUUUAUUAAUAUCCCAUGCUUGUUCAUUUGUUUUGGGGGCAGCAGUAAUGUUCAUGUACUUGAAAAAAUAUUGCAACUGGGCAGCUGUGAUUGCUCACCAUGCUUUGGAUUGAAGUGCAAAGAUAAGAUUUUUUUUCA